AUGCGGUUUCUUUUCUAUAUGCUGCUGGCAUGUUCAGCGGUAGUAGCGGGUGAGCAAGCUGCCGCAGCCAAGGAGCUUCGACUAAACUCUUUCGUGCACCGAUCAUUCGACGCCCAUAUUCAUGCCCAGCGGCUCUUGAGGGAUCGUCGCUCCGUCGAUGAAGAGAGAGGGCUUCCGACCGUAAUUGAGAAAACCAAGACUUUGUUUUCGACGAAGGUGACCGACAAGACGCUACAGCGCUGGGCAGCCAACAAGAAGUCCCCCCAACACGCUCUGAUUCGCUUGGACCUUGACAAUGCAGGAAAAGACCUUUUCACAAAAGCUAAAUUCGCCGACUGGGUCUCCUUUAUGACAAAACGGAAUCCGCAGAACGCCGAGGCGGCCAUGCUGUCCGCACUGAUGACACGCUAUAGCGACGACGUUCUGUCAGGCAUGCUUAUAGCAGCAAAGAAGGCUCCUGAUACGAAGACUAUUGCCACUAACCUGCAAAUCCAGCAGCUUCGGGGGUGGAUGAAGAAGGGGAAAACCGCGGACGACGUUUUCAACCUAUUUAACCUCAAGGGAAAGGCAACGAGCUUGGAUGAUCUCGUCAGUGACGGUCAAUUCGCCCCUUGGGUCACCUACGUGACUGCUCUUAACAAAGGAGAUCCCAAGAAGACAAACAUGAUGGUGGUAAAGACGUUGACAACUUACAACAAGAAAACACACAAGGGCGUGUACGAUAUGCUCAGUGCGUCCAAGAAUAAGCAGCUGGCCGCAGACUUGCAAAGAGGACAGUUCGACAACUGGUUGGCUAACAAUGUCCAAUUCUACGAUGUUAGUGCCAUGGUGGGAGCGAAGGGAACUCCACGAGGUAGUCCGCAGAGACUGUUCGUGAAGGACUAUGUUGCUGCGUACAACAAGAAGCACCAGCUGUAA